AUGAAGCACCUCAUCUUGGUGGGGGCGUGCUACUUGGACACUAUUCUGACAUACCACUCUGUGCUCAUCGUCUGUAGUGUUCCUCAGUUCCCCGAAGAAGACUCCAAGCUACGAGCAACGGCCUUGCAGGUGAGACGCGGGGGCAACUGCCCCAAUACAGUCGAGGUUCUCCAGCAGCUGCUCCUCUCAGGACGUGGCCUGGCUUCUUCAUCAACUCAAAACCAACAAGACAGCGCUGCUGAUAUUGUUGCUGUUACACCGCCACCAUCGCAGCAACAACAGCAGCUGACUUUACACCUGGUUUCCAUCCUGCCCGAUGUCGGGUCGUCCGCCACCCGCAAAAUCCUGUCAUCCUUUGCAGCUCCUCCUGCUCCUCAGCCGUCUCCAUCUUACGACUCUGAGUCCAUGUCCGAGUCUGUGACCGGCGCCACUUCUGCUACGGCUACCAGUGUUGACUUCAGUCACUGUCUGUACCGCAAGGGGCACGAUGAAACAGCCAGCAGUUACAUUAUCCGCAGUGGCGCGACAGGCAGCCGGACCAUUGUGAACUACAGUGACCUUCCAGACAUGACAACGGACGAGUUUGUCAAUAUCGUGCAUGAUUUCGUUGCCCUCCAGCAUAAACACAGUGAUGAUGGAAGCCUUAGGGGGUUCCUUGGAGAGGAUUGCUGGUGGCACUUUGAGGUCUUACCAGGAAGCACUGUCAGCGUCGAGGUAGAAAAGCCAGGCCGGGAGGGCCUUGCUGAGCUAGCCGCGGAAUCUGACGUGGUGUUUUACUCCAAGAGUUGGGCAGAGAGUCGAGGAUACACCGAACCAGAAGCCUGUCUGAGAGGCGAGCUGUCCAAUUGCAAGAAAGCUUCUCUCAUGCUGUGCACAUGGGGAUCGCAAGGAGCUGGUGCUCUCUUCCCUUCACCCGCCGGCGCCAGUGGUGGCAACAAUGAGCAAACAGCAGAAGUAGCAGACCCAGAAUAUCUGCACUGUUCUCCGUCAGAGGUGUCCGAGACACAGACAAUCACCGUGGUUGAUACAAUCGGCGCAGGAGAUACCUUCAUAGCCGGCAUCUUGUACGGCUUGUUGAUGGCCGAGCCGGAUGCAACGGCGGCAUCAGCAUCAACAUCCGCAACCGCAACCACAACCACAAGCCAUGACCGAUUCUGGACCCAAAGUUGGAGUCAAAAGGAGAAGAAGAAGCAGCUUUUGGCGUUUGCCGUGAGGUUGGCUACCAAGAAGGUUCAAAUGGAGGGAUUUGCCGGGAUUCUUAAGGGAUGGUAA